UAAUGCCAAUCCAUAGUGGCCAGUGUUCUACAAGUUCAUGAGAAAGAACGAUCGCUGCCAUGGUUCCCGGCGAAGUUGAAAAUUAUUUGGAAUCAAUUUUAAGGGAAAACCUCUCACCAAUUUGUGGAGCGAAUUCCGUGUUGAAGGGUCUUUUAUAUAGCUUCAAAAGAACAAUCUUGGUCGUUGAAUUUAAGUGGGCCAUGCUUGAGUGGUGAUAGCAAUCAUCAGGUUCUCCGUUCACACCAUUUUGACUAUAUAUUUAGAACCGUGAGAGGAAAAAAUGUAAUAAACUUGGUAAGAAGAAGAAGAAGAAAAAUGGCAAAUUUUGUUCUGCGAGUUCCAAAUACCAUAAGGAGUUUCGCCAUGUUUGCUUCGUCCAACCCCAACGGUGCUCCACCUGGUGGCUCUGGAAGCAGUAGUGGUGGGGGUGGAGGUCCUGUGAUAUUGGAAAUUCCUAUAGAUAAGAUUAGAAGGCCUUUGAUGAGGACCAGAGCAAAUGAUCCAAACAAAGUAAAGGAAUUAAUGGAUAGUAUCAAGGAAAUUGGUCUCCAAGUACCUGAUCUAUUGGAUGUAGUUGGAAUUGGAUUUAUGUGCUUAAAUUGCUUCUUUCUUUGGUCUUCAAGCUUUGGCUAUUCAGAUCUGCGAGUACAGAAAAAAAAAUGUGAAAGCAACCAACUUAAAACGAUUUUUAUGGAUUUGUUGGAACAAUUUUUCACUGGAAUUUGGAAUAGCAGUAUCUGCGUUCCCACUCCAAACUGUUAAUGAGCUAUUAUCUUUGCAUAGAAAGAUUUUUCCCUUUUUCCUUAUUGUUACUUUCAUUUAAGAGGUAAGAGUUUCAUGUUUCGCUGAAGGAGAUUUUGAGAUGUCUUUCUUUGUAGUAUCUCCACCAUUAACAGGGCGACCCUUAUGUUUGUUAGCCAUAGAUAGAGCCUUUAGUAGUUAUCAAGGUCCCCUCUCUUUCAGAGUCAGAUUUUUUUAGGAGUUUACCAAUGGAUGCAAAGAUUCAUUGUUACAGCCAUUUUCUUUUAUAUUGUGUACUUGUGACUGAGGCUUAGUUGAGACAACAAUCCUAAAACAUUUAUUCUCCAAUUCUUGUAUUUUUUU